GCAUGUUCAAUCAGAGAAUAGUUAGCCUGGCCACCACCCUCCCGUGUCACCGAAGGCUUUCGAGCAACGACAAACGGAGUUAUUUUCGUCUCUAUUACUCAAGGCUUGUAUUGUGUGGUGUGUAUUUUACUAGAAAGCCCGAUAAACUGGUUAGAUAACGUUCGGUGAGCUCUUUAGUGUGUUUAACAGAAAAAACAAGGUGUAGUUUCCUUUCGUGGAUUGUGGGAGUGGCUGUACACGGCCCUUGGUUUCUGUUCCUGUGGUUUGAAGGGGAUAAAAUCUAACGGAUCCAAUAAGAUGGCAGACUGUGUCAGCAAGGUGGAGCUGAGUGUCUCCUGUGCUAACCUGCUGGAUAAAGAUGUGGGGUCAAAGUCUGAUCCUCUGUGUGUCCUGCUGGAGAGCACUGGAGGAGAUAAGUGGGCUGAGCUGGGCCGCACUGAGCGUCUGAAGAACAACUCCAGCCCGUCCUUCAGUCAGCGUCUCCGACUGGAUUAUCACUUCGAGAAAGUUCAGAACCUGAAGCUGGGUGUCUACGACAUCGACAACUCCAGCUCUGACCUUGGUGAUGAUGACUACCUGGGAGGGGUGGAGAUCACACUUGGGCAGAUAGUUUCCAGCAAAACUGUGACCAGACCUCUACAGCUGAAGAAGGGCAAACCUGCAGGGAAGGGAACCAUUACUAUCACAGCAGAGGAGAUAAAGGACAACAGAGCCAUUGAGUUGGAGUGGGAGGCUAAAAACCUUGACAAGAAGGAUACGUUUGGGAAGUCUGAUCCAUUCCUGGAGUUUUUCAGACAGGGAGAUGAUGGAAAAUGGCAGCUGGUCCACAGGACAGAGGUUGUGAAGAACAAUCUGAAUCCAACCUGGAAGAAGUUCACCAUCCCUCUGCAGACUUUCUGCUACAGCGACCUUGAAAGACCUCUGAAGGUGGAUUGUUCUGAUUACGACAGCGAUGGAUCUCAUGAUCUGAUUGGUUCUUUCACCACUAAAGUCUCCGAUAUGCAGAAAGCAGCACACGGCUCACCGGUGCAAUUUGACUGCAUCCAUCCCGAGAAACAGAAGAAGAAGAAGAGCUACAAGAACUCUGGAGUUGUCUCUGUCAAGAGCUGCAAGCUGAUCACUCAGUACACUUUCCUGGACUAUGUGAUGGGCGGCUGCCAGAUCAACUUCACCGUUGGGAUCGACUUCACUGGCUCUAAUGGUGAUCCUCGCUCACCCAACUCUCUCCACUAUAUGAGUCCAGAUGGGCUGAACCAGUACCUGUCUGCUCUGUGGUCUGUGGGCCAGGUCAUCCAGGACUAUGACACCGAUAAACUGUUCCCAGCGUUUGGUUUUGGAGCCAAAUUACCUCCAGACUACCAGGCAGCACACCACGAAUUCGCGCUGAAUUUCAACCCAACUAACCCUUACUGCCAAGGCAUCCAGGGGAUUGUUGAAGCCUACAGGAUGGUUUUGCCUCAGCUCAGGCUCUCUGGACCAACAAACUUCUCCCCCAUCAUCAACCACGUUGCCUCCAUUGCUGCCAGUGCCGCACAGGCUAAUGCUGCCGCUCAAUACUUUGUCCUGCUUAUCCUCACUGAUGGUGAGAUCACUGACUUUGACCAGACGAGGGAUGCCAUCGUUCGGGCAUCAAGACUCCCCAUGUCAAUCAUUAUUGUGGGGGUAGGACCAGCUGACUUUAAGGCCAUGGAGCUUCUGGACGGAGAUGACGGUGUGCUUAGGUCAACAGUUGGAGAAUCAGUCGCCAGAGACAUUGUCCAGUUCGUGCCGUACAGACAGUUUGCAGAUGCUCCUCAGGCUGCUCUGGCUCAGGCUGUGCUGGCCGAGGUUCCCAAUCAGGUGGUCUCUUAUUUUAAAAUGAGAGGGCUGGAACCACCAAAAUCUCAGGCUGCUGCUAAAUCCUAAACCUAAAAAUCCUAAACUUUCCACAUGCCCUAAAGCCCACCCUCACAUUCCCCAAAACCGAAGGCCCACCCUCAUGUCAUUCCAACCCACCGCUAGACCACAUGCCCCUACUUGGCCUUCAGCCACCAAAGUUGACCACUCUUCAAGGACCAUGCUGAUGUGUUAGCCAAUUGCAGAACAGCACUCGACUAUUAGCCAAUCAGGAUGCCACAAGAAAACAUCCCAGUUUUGUUUACUCCAUUUAAGAAUCUCUUUGUUUCCAGAUCUUCGUCUUCUAUAGGUGGAAUGAUAAUCUUGUAAUAUAGAUUAUUUAUUCCUUCUGCUGCUUCCACAGUAUCUAUGCAGAUCACGUGUGUUUGUUAGCACAUGUUUGGAAAUCAAAGAGAGAGACACACACACACACACACACACACACACACACACACACACACACACACACAGGGGAAAACGUGUUUUGUUCCAGGUGUAUUCUAAAAGAAGAAGAAAGAUGCGAUCUCUAACAACUGUACAGAUGUUUGGGUUUUUUCAUUCAUUUCAGUAUAGUUUUAGCACAGCAGCCCCUAGUGGAUAUGAGUGGCACUGCAGCUGCUGGUUCCUCAGCUCUGUGUGUGUGUGUGUGUGUGUGUGUGUGUGUGUGUGGCUCUGAUUAGCUUUUUUGUUAAUGUGCCAAUACCUUGCACUUUGCUAUUAGACUAAAUGCUGGAAGAUUAUAUUACAAAUGAUAUAUAGCUUUACACCUACAGCCUUACUAUAGACUUUAAUUAUAGUGUACCCUUAGUUUAGCUUCUUUCUUGCUACUUGAGCCUGAAUGUUUCGGAUUGCGCUCUCUUACUGCUGGUUGCUAAUGCUGCCAUUUUGGCUCCCAGCACACAAGCUCCACUUUGCACAUUAUGUCAGUAAUGUUUGCAGGUUACAUAGUAAAUCUGAACAUCUGCAGUUCAACUGCAAUCAGUGAAUAUAAUUGAUUGAAAUAUAGUCGAGGUUGGACAUUAAAGAAAAUAUAAUGUGAGCUUUAUAACGAAACAGUCGGUAUCAAACAUAAUGUGCAAAGUGAAGUGAAAGUUUGGAACAUCGACUGUAAAGUGCCUUUUAGAAUAAACCUGAAUACUUUUCACACUUGAAUGAAUCCUGGGAGCCAAAAUGGCCACGUGUGCAGCACAGUGACAUCACUGCUCGCUGUCAUGCUCUCUUUAGAUCCUAUGCAAAUAAGAUGUUUUUGAAGUUGGAAAAAAAUUGUUUCCAAAGCAAACACGAACACUUAUAACAUGAAUUUGUAUUUAAGCUUGAACUCCAUAUCACAGCAACAUGUCCAGGCUUUGUGAAGGAUUAAUGCCAAGGAAAACACGAGAUAGAAAAGUAAGCAAUUAAUAAUCAGACUAAGCUUUUAUGUAACUGAAACGCAGUGAAGUCAUAAAACAGCCGGCAUUGUAGACACUUUAAGAAGCCUCGAUAUAAACACGACUCCUUCAGCCUGGGAUGCUGGCAUUUAAAACGUGUCAAAAUAUAUGUUUACAGCAUAGUCACAUUUAAUUUUGUUAUAAAAUACACUGUUACCACAGCUUCAACUGUAAAGACUUCUAAACAAUUAUUAGAUGUUGUGCCUUUUUUUUUUUUUUUUUUUUUUUUUUUUUAAAAGAUUAGCUAGAGAAAAUGCAGGAAAGGAAGGAGGAAAAAUGGGAAACACAAAGAAGUGCUCGGUUAAACUGAAACCCUUGACUUUGUGGUCAGUGUCUUGACCUCCAAACUCAUGGGGUGGCAAGAUUUAGCUUUUGUACUCAUGUCACAUCACCACUUUUGCGCAAGAUGUUGAUUUAAAAACAAAAAAAGUGACAGUUGUUAAUCAACGUUCGAUUCUCACAGCGAAUUUUAGGUCAAAUUUUUGUACUCUGUAUUGAUUGUAUUUUUAUUUCAACUUGAGCCAAGAUUUGUUGUUUCAGUCUCAUGAAAGAACGCAAGCGCUGGUUUGAUUUUCUUCAAUUAAAACCCUGAUAGAUCAGAUCUCCAGGGGAAAAAAGGUCAGGUGAUCAAACAUGUUGUUUUAUCUAUUUUUAAUUGAAACAGUAUUUCACCAUGAAUAUGGGUAAUAGAAAGCCACCUCCUCUGCACAGCGUCCUGAUAGACUCGCAGGAAGUGAAUCCUCUGCUAAUUUUGUCACAGAAGUUCAGAGAUCAGCUGAAUGGGAUAAACUGAUUCUUGAUAAAACACCAUCUCUCUUGUUUUGCUUUACUGUUUGCCAAAAUCCUUUUCCUUGCAGAACUGAUUAUAAUUAUCACAGCAGCGCACACAACUUCUGUAUUAACAGCUGUGAUCAGUUCAACAGAAGGAUCAGUUUCAUUUAAAUACAUUUUAAACCACUGCAAAGUUUGUUUGUUUUUUAAGUUCCACGUCUUGGACAAAAUUUGGGAGAAAAGUCUGUUUUUAUUUUGUUUGUUUUUUUUAAAUUUCUUUUCUGCUCUAUGCCAACUUUUAGGUUGGGAGCUGCUGGUUUAUUUCUGCUGUGGCAAAAGGGUUAGGGUUAGUCUUAGAAACAGGCCUGCAGUAUUUGAAUUUUCUGCAAACAGAAAAUUCUAAAUUUGUUGUAGAAAAAGAUAAUUAAAUCUAUUAUUGUUCUGAUUUUAUUUUAGUUGUUUUGGGGUUAUUUUUUUGUGCCAAACAUUAGUAGAUUCAGUAGAAAGUUUGUUUCUUUGAGGUUGUUUUUCACCUUCACCCUGACCUGGUGCUUCUAAAGGAAGGGAAACUUCUGUUUUCACAUGUUGAAUACUGAAAUAUAUUUUUGUUCUAGUAAAACAUAUUUUAGGAGACCAUGAUUAAUCACAUUGAUUGGUCACAUGAUGCUGCCAUCUCACAAACCCACAGUAGCAACAAAUUAAGCUUAAGAUUAGGUAUUAAUAAUAAUAAUAAUAAUAGUAAAGCACUGCAUCUCCCAUAAUAUUCCCACAGUGCUGCAGGUUGUGAUUAGAAUAGUUUGUAGAGCCACAGUGUAAUGUGACUAGCAGCUCCACUGCUCGUUCGGCUAACUACUAUUGACUUACCUGUGUAACUAAACCAGUAUAAACCUGUCUGUGAAGAAUGCUUGUCUCAAGGCGGUAAUAAAAACUGGGAAAAGGAAAA